GCGCUUCGAUCCCAUCCCAUCCAACAACGCCGGCUGCGAAGAUCGCAAUUGAAUUGAAUCGACCAAGUCUACUCCAUUCAACCACCAUGGACGCCGUUCUGCGCCAGUCCAAGGCUGUGUGUCCCUUCAUGAGGAAUGCCACUGCCGCGGGGCUCCGUGCAAUGUCAACGGCCACUCCGGCAUUGACCUCCCCCUGCGGCGGCGCCAUGUCCAAGCUGCAGGUGCUUGCCCGCCGCUGCCCGGUGAUGGGCAAGGCCAUGGCCAUCCAGUCGGCUCGCAUUGGCCAUGCCGCUGCCUUCCCUGGCGUUUCCGGCAAGGCCGCCAUGUCCACGUUCCCCGGCCACGCGAAGACCGCCAAGGCGAAGCUGCACACCAGCAGCGCGCAGGAGGCCCAAGCCGUUGACUCCUCCGUGUUCGCCGGCCGUGAUAAGGUCCAGCUGCCUCCUCGCCUUCCGACUAAGCAGCACGCCAGCGCCAACCCUACGACUGCCACGCACACCUGCCCGGCUGGCGCGCAUACGGCCAAGUUCGACUACGAGGGCUUCUACGCCCGCGAGCUGGAGAAGAAGCACAAAGACAAGUCGUACCGCUACUUCAACAACAUCAACCGUCUGGCCAAGGAGUUUCCCCGCGCCCACAUGGCUAGCAAGGAAGAAAAGGUCACGGUUUGGUGCGCCAAUGACUACCUGGGCAUGGGCCGCCACCCGCAGGUCCUGAAGGUCAUGCACGAGACCCUCGACGAGUACGGUGCCGGCGCUGGCGGCACGCGCAACAUUUCCGGCCACAACAAGCACGCGGUCGAGCUCGAGCAGACCAUUGCUAAGCUUCACGCCAAGGAAGCCGCGCUGGUCUUCAGCUCCUGCUACGUGGCCAACGACGCGACUCUGGCCACGCUCGGCAGCAAGAUGCCCGAUUGCGUCAUCCUCUCGGACAGCCUGAACCACGCGUCGAUGAUCCAGGGGAUCCGCCACUCGGGCGCGAGGAAAAUCAUCUUCAAACACAAUGACGUGCAGGAUCUGGAGGAGAAGCUGGCAUCGCUGCCUCUCCACGUCCCCAAGAUCAUUGCUUUCGAGUCGGUGUACAGCAUGUGCGGCUCCAUCGGCCCGAUCGAGGAGAUUUGCGACCUUGCCGAGAAGUACGGCGCUAUUACCUUCCUCGACGAGGUUCACGCGGUCGGCAUGUACGGCCCGCACGGCGCGGGCGUGGCUGAGCACCUCGACUACGAGGCGCACGCUCAGGGGCGACCUCGCGGCACCAUCAUGGACCGCGUCGACAUCAUCACCGGCACGCUGGGCAAGGCCUACGGCUGCGUGGGCGGCUACAUUGCCGGCAGUGCCAAGCUAGUCGACACUGUCCGUUCGCUCGCACCGGGCUUCAUCUUCACCACCUCGCUCCCCCCCGCCGUCAUGGCUGGUGCCCGCACAGCCAUCGAGUACCAGAUGGAGCACCAGGGCGACCGCCGCCUGCAGCAGCUGCACACGCGCGCCGUCAAGGAAGCGCUCCGUGAACGCGACAUUCCCGUGAUCCCUAACCCGAGCCACAUUGUGCCCAUCUUGGUGGGCGAUGCCGAACUGGCCAAGCAAGCGAGCGACAAGCUGCUGCAGGACCACGGCAUCUACGUGCAGAGCAUCAACUACCCGACGGUGCCCGUCGGCCAGGAGCGCCUGCGCAUCACGCCGACGCCAGGCCACACCAAGGAGUACCGCGAGGAACUCGUCAACGCCAUCGAGACCAUCUGGACCGAACUCGGCAUCAAGCGCACCAGCGACUGGGCCGCCGAGGGUGGCUUCAUCGGCGUCGGCGUGCCGGAUGCGCCGGCCGACGAGCCGCUCUGGACCGACGAGCAGCUGGGCAUCGCCGAAGCGGCCCGGAUGCUGCUUCAGGCUGCCGAGGCGGAGCGGGCGCUCCAGAACCGCGCUGCUUCCGGGUCCGCGCUGACGGGCGGGCUGACCGAGAGGCUCUUGGAGAGAGAGAUGGAGGGGCUGAGGAGCGUCAGCGUCUCUGCUUAGGCUGCUUCUUCUUAGCUAGCCUCUGUCAGGCGCACCGUCUCUUCUGCUCGUUUCCACUUCGGAGCGAAUCAGAGAACGCUCUCUUCUCUUCUCUGC